GGUACUUACCUACUUCUCUAAAUAAAAAAUGUAUAUUUAUAAUAUCUCAUAAUAACAAGUAACAACAUUGACAUUGCGUCGUAACUCGUAAAUAAAUUACGAGUAACUUCCCUGUGGACCCAUUAAUAAACAAUUUAACACUUUCACAAUUAAUCUAUUAAUUGUUCGAAGACCUUUCCAUCAGAUAUAAUUAUUUACUAAGUGUCAGGUACAGUCAGUCAAAAGACUAUACAAGUAUACACAUUUAACUAUUAUGCUGCCAAGUACAAGUAGCUUAUCUACCACAUUUACCUGUACAAUAAUUAAUAGGUACUUACCCGAAUAAUAGUGACGCAGGAGGUCAUUCUCAACAAUAAAAUAAACAAGUCUUGCCCAUGGUCGUCUUCGAUAGUCCCUGGGAGAGGCUCUAUAGGGAUCUUUUUACCUGUGGUAUUAGCCAGCUACUUAAAUAAAUUGUACUUUCAGUAAAAUGUCCUAUACCUAUGCAAAAGAUACGUACGGUACAGAUCCCAUUCACAUAUCAUCGGUAACGAACCAGUAACGAACACAAGGCAUAGCUAGUUUCUGUCACCAACUAUCUAAGAAGAAGACGUAGGUAUGAAUCAAACUUUUGUAAUUUAUUGGCGCAUAAAAUACAUUUCACUGCUAGUACAUCGACCACAGUUAGUAAUGGAAUUAGCAAAUCAAAUCCAUUAGCCAUUAGGGUCAUUUUAAAAGCAUCGAGUUACGCGAAUGUAUGUUCAUUUUCUGGUUAACCGUCACAGUCCACGCCCUGAAAAUAUCACCGUAAAUUAUAGUGGCAUUCCCGUCUCCAUAAGAUUGGAUUCAAUCCAAUUCUUCACCUGAAUUUCUGCGACAUUAAAAUGAAUAAAAUAAAUAAAUCUGGAGCUAAUAUAAAACGAAAAAAACUCGAGGUAAUAUCGAAACCAACGAGAACUGUUUUAAAACUAUAUGGUGUUGGGGUUUUCGAGGUACAGUUCGAUAAGAGUGGUAAAUUGGUAAGAGGGGUAUCCUCUUUGGGAAUAUUUUGCAUAAUAUUUUGGAUCGGCACGUUCUAUUUCAGCGCUAUAUACGCCUGCGUAAAAGACCAUACGAUACUCCGAGCCUACUAUGAAACUAAAUUAAAACAUUACGGUGACGCCUACGAAAGAAUCACAUCUAUGAUGUUUUUCAAAACGACCUUAUUCAAGGUAGCAUGGCACAUAAACGGAAACGUAUCCUUUAUUCAAGCUAUACUGGACAUUGACAAAGCUCUAGAAAGCCAUGGCGUUAAGGCUGACUAUAAGCACAAAAAGACGUUUAUUUUAACACUUGCACAGUUGAUCCCUGUGUUUCUUCGCGGGCUCACAAUAUGUGCAACUCUAUGGGCGAUUGAUGCAGUGAUCCCAUACGACAGAGUAUACCAACUGGUACUUACCGACAGCGUGGCGCUUAUGGUCACUACUUUCUACUGCCACUAUCUAAAUCUCCUGACGGACCGAUAUAAACAGAUCAAUGAAAUCUUGACUAGCGUGAAAGAAGAAGCUAUGGCUAAAGUGCACAUCGAUGCUGGGAUUCCGAUUAUAUCUGAAAAUGGCUACUUAAAGCUGGAAAAUACCAGGAAGGCAGACGGUUGCGAACGAAUUCGAUUAUCAUGUAAAGUUCACAGCAUGCUGUACAAAUCUACGGUUGCCGUAAAUGAAGUAUUUGGCAUGAUUCUUAUGCUGACGUUACUGUUGCCACUAAGUUACAUAAUACUGAAUAUGUUUUACUUUAUGGAGGCGACUUCAGCUGGCUUAACCCACGAUAUCAAAAGAUACAUGAACUUCUUGCUCUACAUAGCCUGGGCAGUGGUGUACAACGUAUUGGCGAUCUUCUUGAAUGUCUACUUCAGUGAGUCAACCGUCGCAGAGGUACCUACAUUGGUUUAUAAACAAAUACUAAGUGCUAAACGUAACUAG